GUUUAUGAGCUCUUCCUCAAGAACAGGGAUGGCGGCGUCGAGGCGCCCGCCCGUGGACGAGCUCCGAUCCACGGGCUUCAAGCACAAUGCGAGGAUGGGCAUGGCGCUGGCACCGUGCGCGGCUCUGAUGCUCGGGAUGGGCGGCAAGCCGGUGUCGGCCACGCUCACGGUAGGACUCAUGAUCUCCUACAUUCUAGAUUCUCUCCUCCUCAAGCGCGCGGCCUUCUUCGGGGUCUGGGGGUCGCUGUUCGCGGCCGGGAUCGCGUUUUUCGUCACAGGGAUCAACCUCUCCAGCUCCAGCUGGGCUCUCCAGGGAUUGGGACUGCUCGUGCUCAUGGAGCUCAUCUUUCUCAUUGGCGUCUGGGCAUCGCUCCAAUUCCGCUGGCUGCAGCUCGAGAAUCCCUCGGUGGUGAUCGCGCUGGAGAGAUUGCUCUUCGCGACCACACCGAUCGUCGCCGGCGCGUGCCAGACGUGGGGAAUUGUGGCGGCGGCGGGGGUGGAGCACGCCGCGUUCUAUCUCAUGGCCGUCCAGUUCGUCCUCUACUGGCUCUUCUCGCUGCCUAGGACGUCCUCGUUUAAGUCCAAGCCCGAGAAGAGCUAUGGCGGACAGAUCCCCGAAGAGUCCCUACUCAUCGGGCCUCUGGAAGGAUGUCUCCACACUUUGAUGCUACUGUUUCUCCCACUGGCGCUCCAUCUCGGGAUCCACCACCGCCGGCUUGGAUCCGCCAACGCCAUCGCCGAGCUCGUCCUCCUCUUCUUCGUGCCUUUGCUCUUCCAGCUCUACGCAUCCACGAAAGGAGCUCUGUGGUGGCUGGCCAAAGAUCACAGGCAACUCGACCACUUUCGCCUCGUCAAUGGCGCGAUCGCUCUGGUGGCGGUGAUCCUCAGUCUCGAGGUCCGGGUGGUGUUCUUCGCGUUCCACCAGUACAUCCAGAUCCCGCCACCUUUCAACUAUCUGCUCGUCACGCUCGGCCUCUUGGGAGGAGCUGCCGCUGUUGGAUUGUUCCUCCUCGGCCGCGUUGGAAACGCUCCUCUCACCGCUCUCCUCCUCGUCGCCGCGCUCUCGUCCUCGCUCGUCCUUGGCAUGCCACUCAAGUUUCUCCCAGCUCCGAUCAUCUCCGCCGCGUUCCUGGGCCACUACCUCGCGUCCAGAAACCUUGGAUCGUAUUUUCUCUUCGCGGUUUCGGCAAGCGUUUCAGUCACCUGGUUUGUGUUCCACAACUACUGGUCACUGAGCAUCUGGGUUGGAGGAAGCGAAAUCAAGUCGAUUUGCAAGCUUCUCAUUGCCAGCGCGAGCAUUGCCUUGGCAGUUCCAGGGCUGAGCACUCUUCCCGGCAAGGCUCGCUACCUCACCGACAUUUCUUUGAUCGGGCAUGCCGCGCUGGUUUGCAACCUCGAGAACAAGCUCUACAACUACCCCGGGAUCUACUAUGGCUACACGGACGACGUUAUUUAUCCAAGCUAUGCGGUGGUGCUCUCCACCACCUUUGGAUUGCUAGUCACUCGAAGAUUGGCUGCUAACAAUUUUGUCACAUCUCUCGGAGCUUGGGUGAUCUAUUGCCUCUACGCUUCCAAGCUUGGGAUGCUGCUGUUAUCUUCCAGAACUGUGCUGUGGUCCUCGGUGGUGUUGCUUCUGGCCGUCUCGCCACCCGUUCUUCUCUACAAACAAAAAGGAAAAACUGGAAGUCGGAUGAAACCAUGGCAAGGAAUCGCUCACGCAGUCGUUAUUCUCGCGGCUGUAUUCUGGUGCCAGUCGACAAUCAUCGAGGCUCUCGAGUGGUCUUUCGGUCGACGUCCCUCGGACAGUGUUAUUCUCGGUUCCAUGAUACUCUUGGCGGGUUUUGCCAGCGCCCCGAUCGUAGUCCAGCAUUUCAACCACUUGCAGGCAGCGAGAAGAUCACUCGUCCUGGUCCUGGCAACCGGCCUGCUGUUCAUGCUCUUGCAGCCGCCUCUCCCGUGGUCCUUUUCGAGGCGAACGUUUUACGUGAGGGAGAUCGACUAUUCUGACGACGAGGCGAUCUAUGGCGGAAUAGCAGCAGUGCCGACUUGGUCGACAUGGCUCCUCCUCGCCACGGCGAUCACGACCCUGGCGGCGCUGUCCUCGGCUCUCCCGGUCCAGCACUUCGUCACACUUCGCUUCUUCUACGCGAUCGGCGUGGGUGCCAACCUGGGGAUCUACAUCGCGGCGCGCUACUUCCCUGAGCUCGUGAUCAUCGGCGUCCUCCUGGUAGUGGCGAUGGUGUCGGCCUCGCUCUUCCUCGUCUUCGUGCUGCUACCAUCGGCCUCCAGCCCCCGCUUCGUGCCGUGGCUGUUUGGACUCCUCGUCUCGCUGCUUCCGGUCAUGUAUCUCCUCGAAGGCCAGCUCCGGGGAGGAUGGGAUCAAACAGGUGGCGAUGGCGACGAGAAGCUCGUCUCGAUACUGGCUCUCCGAGGAGCACGCAGCUCGCUGCUGGGUCUCUACGCCGCAAUCUUCAUGCUCAUCGCGCUGGUGAUCAAGCUCCAGCUCGCUUCGAUCCUCCGAGAAAAGGGAGGAGUCCACACCGGAGGAGGAGGAGCUGGAUUCGUGCCAAAGCACCGGCUUUUACAGCAGCAGCGAGCUUCUCACAUGAGCCCUCUCACUGUGAAGAAGCUCUCGGCGGAGGGGGCGUGGAUGCCAGCGGUGGGGAACAUCGCCACCAUCGGGAGCUUCCUCCUGUGCAUCGUCCUCAACCGGCACCUCACCGGCGGAUCCGAUCGAGCGGUGCUGUUCCUGGCGCCGAUCCUCCUGCUGCUCAACCAGGAUACUAAUCUCGUCACCGGAUUCGGCGAUCGGCAGCGCUACCUCCCGCUGUGCGCCGCGGUGUCGAUCUACCUCGCCAUCUCCUCGGCGAUCAAGGUGUGGGGCGAGGUGUGGCACGGGCACGAGAGCUCGUCGUGGGGGAUGGAGAUGGGCGGGGCGGGGGUGAUCUACGCGGCCAAGAACACGGUGCUGCUGGCGAUGGCGAUCCCCAGUCACGCGGUGUUCAAUCUCUUCCUGUGGAACCAGGCGCGGGCGUCGGACAUGGCGCUGCUGGUGACGAGUCCGCUCAACGCGCCCGCUAUCGUGGCGGCGGACGUGGGCAGCAUCCGGGGGCUGGCGCUGCUGGGCGUGAUCUACGCGCUCCUCCAGUUCAUGAUCUCGCGCCGGAUUAGGAUCGCUGGAAUGAAGUACAUUUGAAUUGAUGGAUCGCGGCAAAGAGAAAGAGCGCUAGGGUUUGGUGGUGACUGGCUGGCUCGAUCGAUCGAGAAGAUCUGGGAGAAUGCGCGCAUUUAAUCGAUUGCUCGGAUAGAAUGGUAAUCGCACAAAGAGAAGAGAAAA